GUGACCUGACAGAUAAGCAAGAAAAAGUUUAUCCGUGUGUGGAGUUUUCUCUGCAUUUCCCGUGCAUAUUUUCAAUCUUUCCCGUAUUUACUUGUAUGGAGUAGUGGGUGAUAAUGGCAGAUCUGAACACAAACUUUGAUAACAUGACAAAAUACCAAAUCAUUUGCAAGUACAUCGAGAACGUCAAUAGACUGAGGAAUGUGGUCAGAGACAGGACGGAUGUGGAGUUCUCAAACUUCCUAUCAACUCAUCUCAAUAGCUACACCUUUCCCAGCUACGUGUACAGCACAAAUCUGCUGAUAAAAUCUGUGCUGGACAGAAAACGACAGAUUGUCUGGUGGAUAUUCAGUCUGUUGGUGGCGUACACUUGCCUGUCAUACAAGCAUGAAGCCUCUAGCUUGUUCCUGCGCCACAUCCAAACACACAUUUAUCCCGGAAUGAAAUUCUGGCGGAAGCUCACGCUGCCAAUCAUUACGCAAUACCCAAUGCUUACAGAACUCUACGAUGAAGCGUGCUUGUUUGGCAAUCCGCUGUUCCAGGUCCAGGAUAUAGACUGCAAGCCUUGCUCAGAAGCUACUAACGUGCUGGACCUCACCAAUUACAAUGAUAUUAGCCAUUCCGGGGAGCCCUUUAUGUUUAAAACCUCCCAAACAUUAGUCAGCAUGGCGAAAAUUUACGAUAUCAUCCUGGCCAACAAGGCCACCUUUCGGCGGGAUGCCUUCCGCGUGUACUCGUCCAACCACAAUAUUCGCAAUGUGAUGGACCUGGCGAAUGACUUCCUCAACACCACACUCCAGGCGGAAAGCCACAACGUGUGGCGUUGCAACCGAAUGCACCCCGCCCGUCUGUUGCGCGGCCUCUUCCCGUGUCCUCAGCGACUACCAAAGACGGGUAUGGCGCUCGAGCGCUUCCUCCUGGUCGACACUCCGGCCGCCAAUCCGUACCGCCUGCCGGACAUGGAGUGCUCGAAUGUGUUCGUCAUUCAGGCUGCUGGAUCGCGCACUAUCAUUCUCCGCCCGACGUCGGAGUGCCGUUCAAAGUGCCGCACGCUCUCUGUAAGACUGCCCACGUCGUACGUGCUGAUUUACGACUGGUGGUAUUGGCGGCCAAUUUCUGUUCCAGACGAGUUCACGACGGCUCCGUCGAUCGCCUACGUGGGCUCUUACUGCUAACUAGUCACGGGGAUCACCUUCCUAGCUCAAUCAUGAUCGCCACAUCUGGUCUCACGACUCCAAAGCACAUUUUACAUCACAUCGUCAAAAACUCAAUAUAUAUAUAUACAUAUAUAUAGAUAUAUUCUCCAAUAUUAAAUGAACAAAGCCCA